AUGGACAGAAAAAUUGAGGAGAUAAAGCUUUCCUUGGUAUUGAGGCAACAUGUUUGUGUACGAGAGAAGAAAGUACCAUUAUUAUGGGAUGCUUCCGGAUCAGCGUGUAUAUCGUAUAAACGGGCGAUGCGAUGUGUUACGGGUGAUAGCAAUGAAACAUUGGUACGAAUCGUUGAGUGUUGUGAUGGAUAUCAUACAUCGGAUAUCAAGAAAGGAUGCACUCCAUACGAUGCUCCAGAAGCUUUGGAUAAGUUGUUGAAUGGAAAGAAUGUGUGUAUGGAGGCAUUGGAAUUAAAGAAUAUCAAAUUUACAACCUUACUGAUACCGAAUAAUGAAUCUUGCUUCACAAACGAUACUGACAACAGAAAUUGGAACGAAUACAUUUUGGAACAACCAUAUCGUAGUUAUGAAAUGUUGAAUUCUCAGAAAUUGCCGACACGCAAACCAGGAGCUUUUGUUAUUGUAUCGAGAAAUCCCGAACGAACAGAUUUAGAUGACAAACCUCUUUUAAACUGUAUCAAAAUAGUAGACGAAGAUUUGGAGUGGAGAAAUGGUACAGUACAACUGUUAAGUGCGCCAUUACCUAAGGCGACAACUCAAACACUUCUUGAAAUUAUCAAAAGUGAUCCGAAUUUUUCUGCUUUUAAUGCUCUAUUAACUGAUGAUCUUCAAGGACGUCUUGCAUCAAACACUCUCAUUUCUACUGUUUUCGUUUUUACAAACGAAACAUUUGUAUCAUUUUCUCCAUCACUUCAAACACGUAUGCAACAGCGGAAAGGAUGUGCAAGGGAGUUAAUAAAAGAACAUAUAUAUGAUGGUAUGCUGUGCUCAUCAUUCAUGGAAAAUGAUGUAACAUCAAUUACUGGUAUUAAGCAUCAUUUUUAUAAGCAGCAAGAUGAAAAUAACACGGAAUUAAUUCAUUUGGAUAAUGGUCGGAUUUUGAAUACUGAUCGAGUAGCUUCAAAUGGUGUCAUUCAUAUCAUCGAUGACGUAAUACUUCGAGAACAAUCUGCAAUCGAUUGGCGUGAUCACUUUGAAUUUCCUGGUCGAGAAUUCCUAGAAAUUGUUGAACGUAAUAUUGGCCAUGAAGAUGAGCCAGUGGCUAUAUUUGUACCACCCGAUGAUUCUUUCCGAAAUUUGACAGAUGAAAAGUCAUUUGUUAUGAAUCAUAUUGUCAUAAAUAAUUCACACAUCACAAAUAAAAUGAUUGAAACAGCAUAUGGUUCGAAGAUCCCCUCAUUGGUGAUAUCUUCAAGGCCGCUUUUCGGAUGUGCAAAGACAAUAAAGCCACCUAUGAAGUACUGCAACACGACUAUUUAUUUUAUUGAUGCUCCUUUACCAAGAACUAUAAAUACACUGGAAGAAUUGAUAAACGAUCGACAUGAAUUUUCUGUAUUCGCUUCGUUACUUAAUGAUAGUAAUAUCGAUUUGAAAAAUAACCGAUUGUACACCAUUUUCCUACCUUCUAAUGAUGCACUAUCAAAUAAUCAAGUUCGAGCACUGAAAAUGAAUAAAACACUGGCGAAUGACUUCGUGCGUAGACAUAUUUUUGAGGGAUUGUUAUGUUCGAAGAAUCUCCAGGUAAGAAUGAGUGACAGAGGGUUUCCUGUAGUUCUGAAAAAUUUUAGAGGUGAAUAUUACGAUAGUCGUAGACUAGGCGAGAAGACAACAAUUGGUGAUAUUGAUUUACAGGAUAUCGAUAUACUUGCUGUAAAUGGUAUUCUACACACAUUGGAGAGUCCAUUGAAAAAUCAAGUACCACGCAAAUAUCAAACACUAUGCCCAGUUUUUGAUUUCAUUUAA